UCUCAUCUUCUUGCCUCUCCCUCCUGCGAAACCCUAGUGCCACUAAACUAGCAGCAAUUAUGGUUGCUCCGGGAGGUCGUGGAGGCGGUGGUGGUUUCAGGGGCGGACGUGAUGGUGGAAGAGGAAGGGGGAGAGGACCACCCGGCGGCCGAGGUAGGGGCGGCCCGCCUAGAGGCGGUCCGAUGAAGCGCGACGGAGGCAGGGGUAGGGGUGGCGCCCCGAGAGGAGGUGGGAGAGGCAGGGGAGGAAUGAAGGGGAACAGCAGGGUUGUGGUGGAGCCUCAUAGGCACGAGGGAGUGUUCAUUGCCAAGGGUAAGGAAGAUGCCCUUGUCACUAAGAAUAUGGUCCCUGGUGAAGCUGUCUACAAUGAGAAAAGAAUUUCUGUUCAGAAUGAAGAUGGAACCAAGGUUGAGUACAGAGUGUGGAAUCCAUUCCGUUCGAAGUUGGCUGCUGCUAUUCUUGGAGGCGUUGAUGAAAUUUGGAUUAAACCAGGUGCACGCGUUCUCUACCUCGGAGCUGCAUCAGGAACAACAGUUUCUCAUGUUUCUGACAUUGUUGGACCUACUGGGGUUGUAUUUGCUGUUGAGUUUUCACACAGAAGUGGUAGAGACUUAGUUAACAUGUCAAAGAAACGGACAAAUAUUAUCCCCAUUAUAGAAGAUGCCAGACAUCCUGCAAAGUACCGAAUGUUGGUUGGCAUGGUGGAUGUUAUAUUUUCCGAUGUUGCUCAACCUGAUCAGGCAAGGAUUUUGGCGCUGAAUGCCUCCUACUUUCUGAAACAGGAAGGGCAUUUUGUCAUUUCGAUAAAGGCAAACUGCAUAGAUAGCACCGUACCUGCGGAAGCGGUUUUCGCGCAGGAGGUCAAGAAGCUGCAGGCAGAACAAUUCAAGCCUAUGGAGCAGGUCACGCUCGAGCCGUUUGAGCGAGACCAUGCUUGUGUUGUCGGGGGUUACAGGAUGCCGAAGAAGCAAAAGCCAACAUCCUAGAUUUUUGUUGUGUGUUCAAGUAACUUAGGUGUGAUCAAGUUUAUGUUUUUCAAGGAUUGUUGAAGACCCUUUUUCUUUAAGUCCUUUUCGUUACCCAUGUUUUGCAUAAUCUACUUUUUCUCUAGGUACUUUGGGAGAGUUGUUUUAUGACUCAAUGACUGCUGUUUCAUCUU